UGAAUUGUUUCCAUUUUUGCAUGUGUCAUCAGACCUACAGUAAUUAUUUAUAAGACUUUUUAACUCAAGGAAAGGCUAAGAUAUAUUUUCAGAAACACUAAAGUGCAUCUUAUUACGCAAUAACUAAUGAUAUAAUUGGGAAACUUAAAAUAUACACAAGAUCAAGGAAGUUAAACUACAAAAGAAUCUUUGUCCAUGACAAAAGAUGCAUGGAAUGUAUGUUAUUAUGCUAUAUAUGCUUCACUAUGCCAAAAUCAUAUUUUGCCAGUUGGUGACACAUCAUUUAUACAAUUGGCGAUUGCAUGUUUGUGCUUCCGAAACAGGUAAUUAAAUAUUUGAAUAUUAUAAAAUUGUGAAUAAAAGCCCGAAGCUUUCGGUCAAUUAUAUGUUCACAUGCCACUGCGUUGAAAUAUAAAUUAUAAUUAAAAUUUUACUAGAAGUGGUACUUUGCUGGGAAGUUUGCGAAUAUAUAACGCUGCCAGCUCGACGACUCGCUUUGAAAACAAGGAAAUAUCUUCGCGACACAAGGCGAGGGCGGAUUGAUCACGAACGGAAGUCGAUCAUACAUUAUAUAAAUAAUACAAAGCACCUGGCCAAGAGAGAAAUAGACCAAGAAGCUGUCGGUCAACAGCUAAACGACAAGGCGUAUCACAAUGGCAGGAUUAUUCAUUUGUUUCUGUUCUUCAAUUUGGUUUAUAAGCGGUAUACAGAGCCAGUCUAUGAUUACCACCAUUUCGCAAAGAUCGAUAUCCACAUCGGUACCGACUUUAUUAAAAAUAUCAAGUACGGUUGUACAACCCGUAAUAUCAUCGGUCGAUAAUGCAAAUUCAUCUCGGAAUUCCACGGAUGGUUUUAUAAAUAAACCCAAUGUAUCAUUAGGAGAAAUAUCAAGGACAGUCGUGAAGCCUGAUCCUUCAUCUCCACUUAAUCCACAAGUUUCAAGAUCAGCUCAAGCUCCAACAUCGGGGAAUGUUACUACACCCAUAUUAAAUACAACAGUUUCGACUGGCGGUGGUUCUACAACAUUUCCCACAAAGCUAAGUACUCAACAAAUCGCCACCACAACUCUUUUUACCCGUCGAACCACGACAGGUCCUCAAGGAACAGAUAUACCAAUCGAUCUUCCUUCAUAG